UCUCCUCCGGCUUCCUCCUUCCCCCUCUUCCUCGCAGUGGUGGGGAAACUGCCUUUUUGGAGAUCCCGGGAGUGGGGUCUUACCUGUGGAUCCCCGUGGGGCGGGAUGCAAACGCGAAGACUUCAUGCAGGUGAUGAUCCCAUGCAGAAUAACAAGGAAGGAAACUGCCUGUUAGGAAUACAUGAGCUUUUGUGAAUUAUUGGUUGAAAGAGACAAAGAGACAUUUGUUCUGAGGAGUUCUGAGAGGAAAGAGAUGCUUGGAAGCCAGGUGGGACAAGGCCAUCAGGAAAGACAUACUAGGAAGAUGACACAAGAAAAUAUUUGUGAAGAAAGUAGCUUAAAUGAAAGUACCUUCAAAGAGGGGAUCUGCAGGAAUAAGGGACAAAAGGCUGACCCGGAGAAAAUCCUCUGUCUGAGCUCUGAUUGUUUUGAGAAACAGGGUGUGCAAACAGGUGGGAAGCCACACAAAUGUUCAUAUUGUUGGGAAACUUUUCACGAGAGAGCCCACUUGGUUAUGCACGAAAGAAGCCACGCAGAAGAGAAGCCAUACGAAUGCACAGAUUGUGGGAAAACCUUCAGCCUUAGCUGCGAGUUUGUAGAUCAUAUCAGAAUACACACAGAAGAGAAAUUGUAUAUCUGUGCAGAGUGUGGUCGUAGUUUCCACCUGAAAUCCAAUCUUACCACACACGAGAAGACCCACAUGGCUGAGAAUCCCUAUGAAUGCUCUGAAUGUGGACAGAGCUUUGUGAAGAGGUCACAUCUUGUGACACACGAAAGGACCCACACUGGAGAAAAACCGUAUCAAUGCUCAGAUUGUGGGAAAGGCUUUAGUCAGAAAGGAAACCUGGUUUCGCACAUGAGGAUUCACACGGGGGAAAAACCGUAUCAGUGCUCUCAGUGUGGCAAAUCUUUUUCUCAUUGCACUUCCCUGAUGAUGCAUGUGAGGACCCACACAGGGGAAAAGCCGUACAAGUGCUCGAUCUGUGAAAAAAGCUUUGUUACUAAAGGGAACCUUGUCUCACAUGUGAAAAUCCACACUGGGGAAAAGCCCUAUGAAUGCACCGACUGUGGGAAAAGCUUCAGCACCAGUUUUCAGUUUAUAGAACAUAAAAGGUUGCACACGGGAGAGAGGCCAUACCCAUGUGGAGAGUGUGGGCAGAGUUUCAAUUCGAAAUCCAAUCUCAUUACGCACCAAAGAACCCAUACAGGGGAGAAACCCUACAAAUGCAGUGUCUGCGAGAAAGGCUUUCGGGUUAAAUCAUCCCUCACAAAACACCUGAGAAUCCACACAGGAGAGAAACCGUAUCAAUGUCCUGAGUGUGGGAAAAGCUUCAACACCAACUCUUUGCUUGUCAACCACAAAAGGGUUCAUACAGGAGAGAAGCCCUAUACAUGUUCCGGCUGUGGGAAGAGCUUCCGUCAGAAAGGCAACCUUAUUUCGCACAUGAGAAUUCACACAGGGGAAAAACCAUAUGGGUGCCCUGACUGUGACAAAAGAUUCAUUGACAAAAAAUCCCUCGUUAAACACAAGAGGGCCCAUGUGGGGGAACAAGCUUACGAGUGCCCAGAAAACGGGCAAGACUUUGAGUAUAGUUGAAUAUUUCUGUAAAGCACAGUGGAAGCGACAAUGGGGCGAUCAUUUUGGACUGUGAGGAAAAAAAAUUGUAGCCUUGCUGGUCUUUGAAAGCCAGAGAAAAUCCACAGAGGUCGUAAGGAUCACUGUAUCCUAGAGAAAGGUGAUAGCUUUACAAACUAUGUAGCAUUUUAGACUUUCCACCAUGUUCUGUUGAACUCAGACUGUUCAGUAUGGAUUUUUUUCACAUCUGAGGAAAACUGCAGUGUUGGUAGAUGCUCAAAAAUAAUUUGACCAAGGAACAAGUGUUCAAGAGUAGCUCCCAGGUGAUGAGUCAUCUGAGAACGUGACGCAGUUGGCGACGGCUCAAUUAGAUUUUGUACAAAAGGUGUUGCUGAAAAUAGAGAUUAUGUAUCUGCUCCCAUUACCCCCAUUCUGCAUUCCCCCCCCCCCCUGCAAGCAGCUUUAUCCUCUUGGCUGCCAAUAGCAGAGGGCAGGGAAAACUGUGGCAUGGUGAUGGUAUGACUCAAAAUAAAUUCUGCUUCUGGGCUUCCCUGUAGUCUGAUAGAAUCACAGAGCUGGAAGGGGCCAUACAGGCCAUCUAGUCCAACCCCCUGCUCAAUGCAGGAUUAGCCUAGAGCAUCCCUGACAAGUCUUUGUCCAGCUGCUGCUUAAAGACUGCCAGAGAGGGGGAGCUCACCACCUCCCUAGGUAGCUGAUUCCACUGCUGAACAACUCUGCAAAAAAAGUUUCCCCCCCUAAUAUCCAGCCAGUACCUUUCCUCCUGUUUAAACCAAUGAUUCUGAGUCCUCUCCUCUGCUGUCAACAGGAACAGCUCCCUGCCCUCCUCUAAGUGACAGCCCUUCAGAGAUUUCAAGAGAGCAAUCAUACCCCCCCCCACCUCCUCUUCUCCAGACUGAACAUUCGUAUGUCCCUCAGCCUUUGCUCAUAGGGCUUGGUCUCCAGGCCCCUGAUCACCUUUUUUUGCUCUCCUCUGCACCUGCUCCAUUCUGUCCACAGCCUUUUUGAUGUGAUACCUCCAGAACUGCACACAAUACUCCAGGUGCAGCUUGGUUGCUGUAGAACGAGACAGGCCAUUGGUCUGAUUCAGUCGGGCUGCUGGAUGCUGGACUUUGACAGACCAUCGGUCUGAUUCAGUAGGUCUACUUGUGCUACCAAGGGGGAAAGGGAAGAUGUGCCCCUGCUGUUUCCAGUACAUUUAAAGGAACACCUCAUUUGUCUCUGAAAAGCGGCUUCAUUUCUCUCAUCCUCUUCACCUUUUAGCUGUGUUCUGGAAACAACUCAGGAACCCUGGGCCCAGGGACCUGGAAACAUAACAAUGGGCCGGAAACUCAUGAAUCUGCUCUCGUGAAAAGCCGUUAUCUAAAAAUGUAACGCUUUGUUUCUUUAAAAAAAAAUUUUUUUUUUUACUAACACUACAUUAGGAAUUAUUUUUCUAACUUUUUAAAUUAGUGCGUGCAGCUACUGGGAUGGUGGUGGGUGACCUGUAUUUUCAGUGCCCUGGAGUAGGAAAAUUAAAGAGCUUGGCAUGUUCAAACUGUUUUUAAUCAAUAGCUUUUAUAUGUUUUGUUUCCACCUAUGGUUAUCAGCCAAGAGCUGGAGCGAUUGAUUAGAAAUGUAAAUGCAUUGACGUGUAUCUUGAUCCUAGCUCAUGCGUAUUAAUUAAAACAAUAGAUCUGAUGUGAAA